AUGUCUGCUGACAAACAAUCACUUCCUACCGGCACUGGAACUGGUUCCGCCACUGGUGCUGGUUCGGGCAUUCGAUUGCCAUCCAUCUCGUUUCUUCUGGGGUCCUCUGGUAGUAGCAAACUUCCCCCAGCUGCCAACAUGGGCAUUUCCAGCUUCUUGAACAAUACCUCGGCUCCAGACCCGUCGUCUCAGAUUCAACCAAAAGCCAAACGUGUCAAGCACGAACAGCCAGAAACGCAAACGCAGGUGCAGCCGUCGGAGGAUCAAUCGCAAGCGCAAGCCCAACUUCAGACGCACUCACAAGCUAUAGCACAAUCUUCGCAAAAUCAGUAUGGAACCUAUUCCCACGACUACAACUCGGGUUACCCGCAACCAGAACAUACCAAAACGUAUAGACCAAUUGAGCAAGAACCAACUCAGACUCAGAAAGCGCAAUUGCAGCAAACGCAAAUCCAACCUCAGUUUCAGCCGCACCAAAAUCCUCAGGCGCAAACUCAGACUCAGUCUAAGGCUUCACAGACAUCCUCUACAAACGCAACAAACGCACCAAGUCCUCCUGCUAUACCUACAGAAACUAACAAACAGUACGCAGACCAGGACCCGCACCGUCACCAUCACCAUCAUCAUCACCAUCAUCACCAUCCACAUCACCAUCACCACCAUCACCAUUCGCACCCCCAGCCAGGCUCAGAACAAUCUGGAAUACCUCACAUUCACUCAGGAAAUCAUAUACAUGUUCUUGCACCUGAACUGGUGAAACAGGAAGGGGUGGCUAAACCAAACGAUGAUGUAGAUAUUACCAAUCCAGUACAACAUCUUGAGGACACUGAGUCUGAACAACAAACAGCUGCAGGCAUUCUAGAAGCAACAAAAGAUGUUGAGUCUGCCAAGUCUUUGUUGCCUCCACAAAGAGCUCUCAGAGAGAAAGUGGAAUUCAAUACCGUUCCUCCCGUAUCCUUGAACGUGCAGCCUGUAUUACAAUUUAUCAAGGAAAAGUUUCCACAACGUCGCCACCUUGGCACGAUUGUCUAUAAUCCCACGACUACGUGGUCCAACUUGCAGACUUCACAGCUCUAUGGCUUAAAGCCAGGACAUGUUGAAGAAUUCGACAUCUUGAAGGAACGAUAUGAAUCAAAAUCUAAAGAGGUGUGUUUCCAGAAAAAGUAUAUCCCCUCGCUCCCACCAUUGACCGCAGAUUACAUAAAUAGCAUAGUGGAAAUCAAAAUCCCCUUCCAUUUCAUUGACAAGUUCAUCCACGAGUUCGAGUCAUCGGUAAUAAUAAAAAGAGAGUUGUGGGGUGGCGCCAGUGGUGCCUAUACCGAUGAUUCUGACAUUCUCAGUAUUUUGGCCCACAACGGAUUCUUCCACGACAAGAUGGACCUCACGCAGUGGAACCCGAACUGGACCAGGAAUGACAUAAUAAAGCCAUUGAACAUUAACGUUAAUGCCGACAGUAAAGCGCCUCCUUCUGAACAAGACAGUGACGAACAUGCUGAGAUCUACGGUGAUUUAUCGGUAGAGUUACUCUUGUUGCCCCCUCUUCCAGAAUACCAUGGCUUUUAUGCCAAUGGCAUUAAUUCUCGAUCGUGGACCUCGGCCAACAAACACAAUGGACUAUCCAUUGCUGUGUACAAUGUCAAAUGGGAAAGCUUCGGUGCCCAUUUGCGUAGUAGAUUGAUUUCGAAGAGGUCUGCUCUGGAAUUGGCCAAGGACUCCAAUGAUAACGCGAAAGUUCUAAAUGGGAAAAGAGGAUGGAGCUUUGAUUACGCAUACUAUAAGCAGUUGAAAAAUAAGUUUGCUGCUCUAGACACCGAAGCAAAAAAUAGUGCUGUCGAAACUAACGGUGGUAAGGUUGUCGCAGCCAAUCUGGUAUCAUAGAUGCUACUACUAAGUUUGUAUAAUUUCGAAAUGAUUGCUGUAAAAAUUACAUAGUUAUGUCAUAGUUUCUUCACGAACGUUAGAAUAGAUUUAAAAAUGGUUGCAAAUAUUUUGUUC